AUGAGCAGCAUCGACUCCCUCCUCAACCCCGACGCCGGCCUGCAGCGCCGCCCGUCUGCCUCGACCACGACCGAAGACGCUGCCGAUGCCCUGACGACGCUGGCGACGCUGGGCAGUGGCCAGCAGUUCGUGCCCGCCCCGACGCGCGAGCUGCCCUCGCCCACGGCCUCGUCCCACGCGCCGCGACGCACCAGCAGCUUCGGCUCCCACCACGCGCCCGUCGAGCCCUCGCCACCCCUCGACGAGCCCCAGGUGCACUCGCCGACGCUCGAGCACUAUCACCAUGGCUCAAAUUCGCCCGAGGAGCAGAAGCGCCGCCAGUCGCUGCUGUCGAGGACCUCGCCCGCCCCAGUCCUCGCGCCAAUACAAAAUUUGUCCUCGGCCCUGCAAGAGCAGACGCAGGACGCCCCCAUCGGCCAGGACGUGUCGCAGGUAGUCACAUCGGACGACGGCGAGCGAGACAGCACGCAGAACCGCGAACCUGCAUUCACGCGCGACGAGCCCACCUCCCAGAUCCGAGAGCCCGCAGCGACCACCCUCCAGCCUGAUUCACACAAUGGAAACGCCACCCUACCUUCACCGCAGCCUUUUAUCAAGGACGAGCCCUCUGGUACACCGCGCGAACAUACGCCUGCAGUCACUGCCUCCCAGACUGAGCGACAAAGUUCCGUGACUGGCGAGAACAUGGACGCCGACACACUCAAGGCGCUCGAGAUUGCCAAGCAGAGCGACCUUGGACUACGAAGACGGAACCAGAGCGUGGUAGAAAGCGCCCCAUCGCCAGUCGAGUCCAAGCCAGCACCCGCCCCGGCCAAGAAGCGACCAGCGCCAUCGUCCGCUUCCGCCAUCAAGAAGAAGGGCACCGCGAAGACGUCCAAGCCGAGUAAGAAGCGCAAGGUCGAGACGGAAGAUGGCGCGCGCUCUGUCACGCCUACCUCGCGGAUACCUAAAUCGGCGGGCAGCAGAGCUAUGAAGAAAGGCUCGCACGCCGGCACACCUGUCCCUGGAUCCUCGCCCGCCCCAGGUCACGAACACGCUACCGACGACGACGGCGAAUCGUCCGAAGACCACAACCUCUACUGCAUAUGCAAGAAACCCGACAACCACAAGUGGAUGAUCGGAUGCGAUGGUGGAUGCGACGACUGGUUCCACGGCGACUGCGUAAACAUGAGGCAGGUGGACGAGGAAUUGGUCGACAAGUUCAUAUGUCCGCAGUGCGAAGAGAACGGCAAGGGCAACACAACAUGGAAGCCAAUGUGCCGGCGGGACGGCUGUCGGAAACCUGCGCGACUCAAUCACGGCAGGGAGAGCAAGUACUGCUCCGACGACUGCGGAGUUCUCUUCAUGCAAGAACAACUACAACGGACGGCAGGUGCCAAGGGCGCCAACGGGACGAAGGAGAAAUCCAAGAAGAAGAAGAAGACUGCGGAGACUGAAGGCGCAGAGGAAGAGGAGCCGACACCACUUGGAGGCACACUACGAGCCAAGGACCUCAAAGCCCUCGUCGACGCAUCGCCAAAUAUCCAAGCCUUCAAGAACCUCGGAACCGGCGUCCUCACACCCCCACAAACCGCCUCCCCAUCCCGCGCUACAUUCCCCUCCAACGGCGAAGACCUCGCCCUGACCGCCGGCGAGAUCGAACGCCUAACCGCCCUACACAAAGAGAAGACCCAACUGAAAGACCGCCUCGAAGUCUUGAAAGACCGCGAGAAGUUCGUCAGCAUGGCAAAAGAGCAAGCCGUCCGCCUCGCCGAUCGCGAGAAAGUCAAGGCGAAGGAUUUCUGCGGCUACGACUCGCGCCUAUCCUGGUCGGACGCCGAAUUCCUCCUCUGGCGCAACAGCAAACACGGUCGCGCUGCCUUCCACCACUCCACCCUCACUCCUACCCCAGAACAAAUCUCCUCCACGCCCACACCCACGACCAACGGCGCCGACGCAAUGGACAUCGAUGUCGACGACAAGGAAACCGCGUGUCUGAAGAAGCGCUGCCAGAAACAUCCUCAGUGGCAGAAGUUGAAUCUCCAAGAUGCACGCUUCGAGGAGCUGGAGGUUGUAGAGGCGAUCAAGGAAUGCGAGAAAGACGAGCGCAGUGUAAGGGAUAGGGCGAGACGGAGAGGCGCAAAAGAUGGGUUAGCGAAGGAGUUGACCGCUAGUGAGGAUGGGAGUAAGGUGGAGAGGAAUAGGGAGGGGUGGGUUGAGGUUGUUGCGUCAUGA